UUAAAGUAAAUGAUUUUUAAACGUUAGCAAUGUGGUCUUGUAGUAAAACACUUGCAUGUGUCUCCACUGUAAUUUGUCUAAUUGUCCAGUUUCGAGUUUUGAGCUGGGCUGUAUCUGUUCAUAAAAAGGAGGCAUUCAAAAUGGAGAUUGACACCGCAUUUGUUGCAGUCGACCAGUUAGCAACUGAGUUAAGUUGCAGCAACGUUGAAACUUUUGUUUCUUCUACUAGAUUUGUAAAAUGUGAAAAAUGCCACCAUUUCUUUGUGGGGUUGUCAGAGGUGGAUCAAAAGAAAUCAGUUAUUGAGUCACAAGAAGCAGCUGCUGAAGUUAAACCUGGACAGUUUAAGAAAGCUCCACCACCUCCCCAAAAGAUAUAUGAAUAUUUGAAUCACCAUGUGAUUGGUCAAGAAUGGGCAAAAAAAGUCCUAUCAGUUGCAGUGUACAAUCACUACUAACGGAUUUUCAAUAAUUUGCCUAGUAUUCCAAAGAAGGGAAAUGAAGAACAAGAAGUACCUGCAGCAAAUCAAGGUGGAAGGGGUAGAACAACUCCCCAAGCCUGGGCUGAUCUACUCCAAGUGACUGGAUUAGGUCAGUCUCACGGGCUAGGAGCAUCAGGUACCACGUCCCAACAACAGACAUUGCCACCUGCAUCAGAUGAACCAAAGACUUCAGCUGCAUCUUCCGGCAGUGAUAUAUUGGACACAAGUUCUCAUGAACUACGUCUAGAUAAAAGUAACAUUCUCAUGUUGGGACCCACCAGAUCAGGAAAGACGCUUCUAGCACAGACAAUCGCUCAAUGUUUAGAUGUUCCUUUUUCUAUUUGUGACUGUACGACUUUGACGCAAGUUGGAUAUGUCGGUGAAGACAUUGAAAGUGUGAUUGCCAAACUGCUGCAAGAUGCAAACUACAAUGUUGACAAAGCCCAACAAGGUAUCGUAUUCCUCGACGAGGUUGAUAAAAUCGGCGCCGUACCUGGAAUUCAUCAGUUGCGUGACGUUGGAGGAGAAGGAGUGCAGCAAGGAAUGCUGAAGAUGCUUGAGGGAACGAUUGUCAAUGUUCCUGAAAAAAUUGCUCCUCGCAAACUUCUAGGAGAAACUAUUCAAGUUGAUACGACAAAUAUCCUGUUCGUUGCUUCAGGUGCCUAUACAGGACUGGAUCGUAUUGUGUCUCGCCGCAAAAAUGAAAAGUAUUUGGGAUUCGGCGCUAGUUCUUCUGGGAAUAGUGCCAGAAGACGUGCGGCUACGCAAACAGGAAUGGGUGAAGUAUCCUCAGAAGUUGCUGACGAUGAAAGCGAAAGAGAUGCUUUCCUUCGUGCAGUCGAAGCAAUGGAUUUGAUUGAUUUUGGCAUGAUUCCUGAAUUUGUCGGUCGUUUCCCUGUGAUCGUACCUUUUCAUUCUCUCUCCCAAGACACAUUGGUCAGAAUUCUUACUGAACCUCGAAAUGCUCUAGUCCCACAGUUCCAGAUGCUCUUUGGAAUGGAUAAGGUUGAGUUAACUUUCUCCCCAGAAGCACUCAGAACUAUUUCUAAACAAGCAAUGGAAAAAAAGACUGGCGCCCGAGGCUUGAGAGCUAUA